AUGCGCUUCUUAGAUCAGUCAAAGGAGGAUGGCGGACUUCAGGUAAUGAAGAUAGAAGAGGAAGAUUUUACGUGGAGGCAGGAUACUUGUUUACAGAGAAGUGAUCCCCUCAGGCAGGAACUCUGCUGGCAGCUUUUUAAGCAUUUCUGCUACCAGGAUUCCCCAGGGCAUCGCGAGGUGCUGAGCAGGCUCCAGAAGCUCUGCCAUCAGUGGCUGAAGCCUGAGAUGCACGCCAAGGAGUAGACCCUGGAGCUGCUGCUGCUGGAGCAGUUCCUGACCAUCCUGCCCAAGGAGCUCCGUGCCUGGGUGCAUGAGCAUUACCCAGAGAGUGGAGAGGAGGCAGUGACAAUACUAGAUGAUUUGGAGAGAGGCACUGAUGAAGCAAUACUUCAGGUGCCAGCCCAUGGUCACGGACAAGAAAUAUUCAGGAGAAAGGUGGCAUCUCUAAGACCAGCACUUGGUGUCCAGUUCCAGCCAAUAGAGACCAAGGACCUUUAUGGAUUUUCAGAACCCCAGCUCCUACUGGACUGUGAAAUUCUAGAUUAUCUCUUUUCUCUGCCCAACAAUGAGGAGGACUUGGGGGCGGAGUGUGAUGAGGAUGCUUUCUUUGGAGAAACUUACAUUCUUGUGGGAUCUAUGAGCACAAAGAAGAACCCACCACCAUCAAGGAAGAACAGCCAAGAGCAGAAAGCACAUCCUUUGGACCCAGGUUUCCUGUGCUCAGAAGCUCCUGGAACCAGGAGACAGACAGGAGGAGAUGUAACACUGAAGCCAGCAAGAAGCAGUGGCAGAGGCCCAACAGCAGAGACCCAGCAACAGGAGAUGGCAUGA